CUCCAUAAGUAGAUCAAUCACUUGAAAUAUUCCGGAACGCCAUUUACGCCGGUUGUCUGUUUAACUUUUUUUCAUUGUAGUGUUAGUGCCUAGCGAAAAACGUUGACUGUGGGAUUGAACUAAUCCUUUGUUAACUAGAGAAGGUUUGGUUUGGCCCAGAAAGUUUCGACAUUGGCACAUGGGUACCGGUCUCAGUUCCGCAUAGCCAAUACGAAGGAAGGAGAAAAAGAAGGCAACAGCUGAUCUGUCCUUCACAGUAGCACAUGCUUACGCGUCAGAAAGACUCUUGAAUAUCGUUGUUUUAUUUGAAAAAUAAUGAAGUGUUAGGAUAGUGCGACGCGUAAAACGUUAUUUCGGUUAAUAUAUAACCAGUUUUGCCUACCCGGGACAUGUUAGAUACCUGCUACCUGCUAUAAUAUACACGGUCUUACCAUUGUCUGGGAAAAAUGGCUGACCGCGACAGCGCAUCCGAGAGCGACAGCAGCUCGAUUGAUGGUGGGCCGAUAAUGAUGCCCCCAUCACCAGUAACGCGGGAACAACUUCAAAAAAGGAUAGAGUCCCUUCAACAACAUAAUCGCGUCCUGAAAGUUGAGCUUGAAACUUACAAGCUGAGAGUAAAGGCGCUGCAGGAGGAGAAUCGUGGACUCCGGCAAGCGUCUGUCAUCAUUCAAGCCAAAGCUGAACAAGAGGAAGAAUUUAUUAGCAAUACAUUAUUGAAGAAGAUACAGGCCUUGAAGAAGGAGAAAGAAACAUUGGCCCAUCACUAUGAGCAGGAAGAAGAAUGUCUGACAAACGAUCUGUCUCGGAAGUUGAAUCAGCUGCGCCAAGAAAAGUGCCGUCUUGAGCAAACAUUGGAACAAGAGCAAGAAUGCCUGGUGAACAAACUAAUGCGCAAAAUAGAAAAACUUGAAGCUGAAACUCUGGCCAAGCAGAGUAAUUUGGAACAACUGCGUAGGGAAAAAGUUGAAUUGGAAAAUACAUUGGAACAGGAACAAGAAGCCUUAGUUAACAAAUUAUGGAAACGAAUGGACAAGCUUGAAGCCGAAAAGAGAAUGCUACAAAUUAAAUUAGAUCAGCCUGUAUCGGACCCAACUUCACCUAGGGAUAUCAACAACGGUGACACUGCUACCAACUUGAGUACACAUAUUCAAACUUUGAGAAGUGAAGUUGCUAGACUAAGACACACGCUUCUAAUAUCACAGCAAGAACAUACUGAAAAGAUGAAGCGUUAUGUGAAUGAAGAAAAACAAGUUCGCGAAGAGAAUUUAAGGCUUCAGAGGAAACUGCAGUUGGAAGUUGAAAGACGUGAAGCGCUGUGCAGACAUCUUUCUGAGUCAGAGUCAAGUCUUGAGAUGGAAGAAGAACGACAUUAUAAUGAGAUAGUGAUGUCUGGAGGAAACAUCAGGAAUCGCACAGUUUCUAGUCCAAUUCCCUACAAUCCUUCACCAAGCUCUUCUCGACCUCUGAGCCCAGGUAUCAAUAUAGUGGGAUCAACCUCACGUGACAGUUUCAAUGCAAAUCGAUGUUACGCUUGUGGCCAGCCCACUGUAUUGCCAUUUGCCAGUUCAUCUCCACCAUCUGGGGGUCAUAUUGUUGCACCAACUGGUAGACGCACAUCAGAUCGUUUCGUAAAACCAGCAAUACCGCCAACAAUUAUAAACACUGGUGGCACUCCAAUUCCGUGUCCAGCAACAAACACAUCUGCUGGCUCGCCGAUGGAUAUCUCUAAAGCAUAAUUUGAACAAUCCUAAUAUACCAAACCGGUUAUUCAUUUUUAUAUAUUAGGGAACGUGCACAGCUCAGCAUUGUAUUUUUUUUUUUUCAAUUUUUGAAUGUUGUACGGUACAUGGGAAAUAAGCGGAUGAACAACAGAUCUUAAAAACAAGGUAUUACAAUUCUUUACAAAAACUCAUGUGAACGUCAUGUCUUUCAGUUGAACUAGUAUAAAUCAUUGGAAGAGGUACAAAAAUGUUUUUAAAAUCGUAAAAGGAAAGGUAGAAUCUUCAAGUUAUUGAUAUCAUUACAAUUUUUUUUCAAUAGCUAAAUCACAGCACAAAUUAGCAAGUAUGUGUAUCUCAAGCUCAAAAUAUCACCAAAUGUAGGUGAUCAGUAACAUGAGUUUUUAUUGAUAUAUUGAAAUUUUUUUGAAAGAUCAUGUCGCAAAAGUCUCGUAUUUCGGAUUGAAAAGUUUUACUUCGAUCAUGUUUUUACUAAGUAACACACAUCAUUAUUGAAUACGGGAAGAAUUCACAUUCGACAAUUUCGUUUAUAGUUUUUAAAUCUGUUGCGUAUUUUCCUUUUCAUAAGAAUGUACGAAUUAUUUUAUAAUACUCUCAAACUCUAAGAACAUAUUUUGUCUUUCUAAUUAGCUAAUAUUAACAAAACUCUUGCAAUUCAACUUCUUUCUCAUAUUUUGUCAAAUGUUGACUUUACGGUUGCUACAUAAGCUUCUCAGGAGUUGUAUCACCAAAUGUUUUUUUUUACUACUCUUCAUAUGAAACUGACCUUAAAAGUAGUCUCAAAAUCUUUCUAUACGAGCUAUGUGACGUGUGUAUGGGCUCAUAAACUAAAUGGUCUGUAAACUAAUUGUCGAUCACUGACUGACGGAUACUUCGAAACAUGGCCUAGGAAGGCAUCUUAUUGAACUGUUACAGUUAUGGUUGCUCACUUUGGAUGAUGUGUUCUAUUAUGACUUCCGAUGCUUUAUUGAGCUGAGCGAGAAUCUUAUGUAAGGAAGGAUCUUCUUUUAUCCGUAGUGUAAUGAAAUGCUUGCACUAUCUCACAUAUUAGCAAUUACAAUAUGUACGUUCUCAGCUUCAGCUAAUAGUUCUUCAACUAUCUCCUUCAAACCUUAUGACAUCUUUGUUUGUCUUGAGAACUGAUGAAACAUAAGUGAAAUCUCUUUCAAAGAUUGAUAGAUACUGAUCUACAUUAAGCUCAAAAUCUACUACGUGUUUCUUUUCUUCGACUUGUGUUUCCUCAUUAGAAAUCAUCCCUCCGAUCUGUUUCUUAAAAGUUACCGGAAGCAUAACACAUGUGCGUAAUCCAUUCUCUCUUAUUGGAGUGGUGUACAUUUUCUCAGGUCUUGCCAUGAUGUCUUUAGAUCUGACACCAGAAAUGAUAAUAUUUUGAUCAAAUGUUCGCUUGGCUAAUUUUCUCGUAAUUUAUCACAAUAGGAUCCUCCUUUAUAAUCAUCUGACAUCCAACUUUUUGAUUCCAAGUAAUUUUUUUUUUUCACAAGGAUGCUUAAUAAUCUUAAUAGGAUUGAUGGUUCUCUUCAGAAUAUCCUGAUGAAGUCCUUGUUAUUUAGUUGAGGAAGAAUUGCUUCUGGCUCAGAGAUAGAGUCAGGUUCUAUCAUUUGCACUGCCUCUGUAAAGUUUAGCACUACCUCUAGAAGAGCAUCAUCACAAGAGUUCUCCAUCAUUCUGUUUAAGCAGAUAGAUCUGGUUUUUAUCAGUGUCUGCUCUUACGAACGAAUUUGUGGAAUGUGUAUGUUGUCCUUCAAUCAUCUUUACUUUCAUCUACUGGACUUCUGCGAUACAAAAUGGGACUAGAGUAUCUUGUACAAUUAUGGCCUCAUUCAACUGCUUAGAUUAUUUUACAACAUGAUACGAAUCAGUAUUUAUAUUUUUUAAAUUAACGUCUAUUUCUCGAUCUUUUUUUGCUCAAUGAUAGUUAAUUAACUAUUAUUAUUACUAGUGCUAUUGAAUAGAGACAUCUAUUAUUGUUAUAAAAGUGGCUCUUUUUCUUUGCAAUCUAUGUCAUAUCUUGAUGUGAUUAAUACAACUUCCAAACGAGCCUGCAGUCUAUGUAAUAGAAAAAAAACUAAUUCACGAAUCAGAAAUCAGAAACAUGCGAUGCAUUUGAUUUCAAAACAGUGCAUAACGAAAUUCCAAUGAAUUCAAAUAACACUUGCUGCUAAAAAUGAACAAUAAUAUAGUUUUUUAAUAAUCAAUUUCAAUUAUUUCAAAUUUAGCUGCAUUUGUCAACUUUAUUUUAUUUCAAGAAGAACUGCAUGAAAAAACUGUAAGUCAUAAAAAUGAAAAACCCAUGCAAUGCUUGCGCCUUCCAUAAACUAUCUAUACAUAAUUUACAAUUGAAUGAACAUUUGUUUUAAAUGGAGAGUAGGAGACAAAGUCUUGUAAUCUUCAUAAAUAACCUAUACACUGUGUGAAAUAUUGUUGGUUGGAAAGGUCUAUUACUUCGUUUAUAACUAGAACACCCAAUAUCGGAUGUUGACAAAAAAUACUGACCCUUACAUGACAUGAUAUAUAACGCCUAGGGAUAUUGGAAUUAAUGAAGAGUGUGAGAUUUCCAUUAUUUACCCGAGGCUCAACUAAUUAUUAUUCAAUUUUUUUCUUCACUCACACCUAAAACAAAAACAUUUUGCACCGCACUCUUCAUAAUAUACUAUAAUCAUACCUGCCACGUAUUUCAGAUAUAACAAUAAAUGUUUUGAAGUUUUUAACAUCAGAUCAUACAUAUAUUUUUUUCUUUCGUGUAUUCAACAUGCCUAAAUUUAAUCGAUAGGGGUUAAAUAAUUGAUGUUGUAUGAAUAUAAGGAUUGUUAUCUGGUUGGUUUACUGUCAAUUUUUGCUUUCAAUAAUUAAAAAUUUGCUUCGAACUAGUACAUCUGUCUAUUUUUAACUUUCUUCAAUAUUUAGUAAUGCCUCUAUGCAACAACCUUUAAUUAACAGAAUGUUUAUUCUUGUGCAUACAAUAAUUAUUAAUGCUUAGCCUGGGAGCAGGUACUUUGGCAGUAAACCAGCAAUUCACCUGAAUCAAGGGUUCAGGAUGAAUCUCUGAUAGAUAUAUACUAAUAGAUACGGCCUUCGAACUGCCAGUAUCUCUUAUUUGUUGAACUGUGAUUAUUGAAUGUUACUUAGCAGCUACGAAUAACACUAUUUCUUUAUAAUGUUAGGUGGAUUAAUCAUAUUUUGACGAAAUAGAUAAUCUUUUCAUACCUUUAUCGUUUUCAGAUUAAUAUUAUAUCAUCGUCGUCAUCGUAAUUGUCGGCGCUAUUUCUAUAGUCCUGAAACUAAUUUGCAAAUUGCCUCCAAGUCUUAGAUUCGUAAUUUUUUAUUUUUUCCAAAGUGUUGAAAUAAAUUCAACUCACUGCCUAAAUAGAAGAUAUCAGCAGUUCACGGUCGACAUAUGCAACACUCGCUAAACAUACGUAUAAUAUAUUAAUACCUUGGUAAUGACUCGUUAUUUAAUAUAACUACUAUGUAAUAGGUCUCGAUCAACUGGUGAACUUGCACUUGAAGAUAAUUUACUAAUAUGUAUCAUUAUUUAAGAAAUAAGGUCAAUGAAAAACGUUAUCUCAAUUGUCAUUCACCUGAAAUUCUGCUUUAGGGCUAUCUUGCAAGUCAAAAGUGUCAACUUUAUUAGGUAAAUCAUGCAUUAGAGAAUCCGCCAAAAUUAUCUUUGCUCGUAUUCAAAUCGAUUUUGGCUGUCCCAGUACAAGCGUUAGAAUCAGCUUCACCACUAUCUUGGUCAAUUUUGAUGAUGAUGAUAAUAACAAUAAUAAUAAUAAUAAUAAUAAUAUUAAUAGUAAUACGCUAUUUGAGAUGUCACUUUGAUGAUCAUUGAUUUCUAAUAUUGUAAAAAUAACAGAGUUCAUUCGCGCUUUUUAAAGUAGAGGAAAGAUAAUCGAGAGAAAAAAUAACUGAAUUUUGGAAUUUAGAUCUGUAAAAAAAUAAUUUUUUUUGCUGCUAAACUUGGUGUGUCGUCUGAACAAUGAACAAGAUUGUUUGAUAAUAUAAUAACUUUCUAUUCGAUUUACAUUAGUGAAAUAAGCUAAGUUUGUGUUCUUGAAUGUAUGGCGAGACACAAUCUCUUAUUUAUUUCGUUCCUAUUUGAAAAAAAUUUGUCCAUGAGGGGUGUUGCCCAUUUAUUAUUACUAUUACUAUUAUUAUAAUAACCACAGGUCCUGUAAUGUAUAUCUGAAACAUAAAAUUAGUUGAUAGAUUUUUUUAUACUAACUAACAUUAUUUGCACACGUUAAGGAUUGUUAUAUGGUAUUAGACCUAUACAUAACUAUGACUCUGAUCAAUGGACCGAACCAUUGUUCUAAAAAAUCCAAAAACUUAUGAAUCAAAAAAGAAAAGAAAAAAACAUUUUAUUUUAUCAAAAUUUUUACUUACAAUCGUCUUAAUACAAUUUUAGUUGUACUGUUAUUGCAUAGGCGUAUAGCACAUUCAUGUGUUCACGUGCAUUAUCAAUUUGAUGCAAUACAGUAUUAUAUGGUGCAUUAUUAUUGCAUUUUCACAAUUAAACGAUACAAUAUU